GUGAGUACAGGCUGAACCGCCUCGCAGCGUAGUGCCCGGAGAGUUGUCAAGGUUUUGGUUGUAGUGUAUCCGAGAGGGGAGCAAGGGCGGCUACGCUUGUACAAUGCCGAAUAAACCCAAAAAAGAUAAGGAAUCUCCGAAGCCUAGCAAAGUGGGGAAGGGUGGAGGACAGGAGAAUAUCGAGCAUGAGAGCUCCAACAGGAAGACUAGCAACAGUGUUCCCCCCACCACUCAGCUGCUAAAGGGGAAGCAGCUAGGUUCCCAGACACCUGUCAAAAAGGAUAAGAGGCAAAGCUCCUCUCGCUUCAGUCUGAGCAACAGCAGAGAGCUGCAGAAACUCCCCGCUUUCAAAGACGUUCCCCCAGCAGAACAGGAGAAGCUGUUCAUCCAGAAGCUGCGUCAGUGCUGCGUCCUCUUUGAUUUCGUCUCAGACCCCCUGAGCGACCUAAAAUGGAAGGAGGUGAAACGAGCCGCUCUGAGCGAAAUGGUGGAAUACAUCACCCACAACAGGAACGUCAUCACAGAGCCCAUCUACCCAGAAGUAGUUCAUGUGUUUUCUGUGAACAUGUUUAGGACGUUGCCUCCUUCAUCGAACCCCACCGGCGCAGAGUUUGACCCAGAAGAGGACGAGCCCACGCUAGAGGCAGCAUGGCCACAUCUACAGCUCGUGUAUGAGUUUUUCUUACGGUUUCUAGAGUCACCAGACUUCCAACCUAACAUUGCCAAAAAGUAUAUUGACCAGAAGUUUGUAAUGCAGCUCUUAGAACUGUUCGACAGUGAAGAUCCCAGAGAAAGAGAUUUUUUAAAGACCACUCUGCAUCGCAUCUAUGGCAAGUUCCUGGGUCUGCGAGCGUACAUUAGGAAACAGAUAAAUAACAUAUUUUAUACGUUCAUUUAUGAGACGGAGCGCCAUAAUGGAAUAGCAGAACUACUGGAAAUACUUGGCAGCAUAAUCAAUGGAUUUGCUUUGCCACUGAAAGAAGAGCACAAGAUUUUUCUACUGAAAGUCCUUCUGCCUUUACACAAAGUCAAGUCUCUGAGUGUGUAUCACCCUCAGCUGGCCUACUGUGUGGUCCAGUUCUUGGAGAAGGAUAGCACCCUCACAGAGCCGACUGUUAUGGCUUUGCUAAAAUAUUGGCCAAAGACCCACAGUCCAAAGGAGGUGAUGUUCCUCAAUGAACUGGAGGAAAUAUUAGAUGUUAUUGAGCCCUCUGAGUUCGUCAAAGUCAUGGAGCCUCUUUUCAGACAGCUCGCCAAGUGUGUGUCGAGUCCACACUUUCAGGUGGCUGAGCGAGCUCUGUACUACUGGAACAAUGAGUACAUCAUGAGCCUGAUCAGCGACAAUGCCACCAAGAUCCUGCCCAUCAUGUUUCCAGCCCUUUACCGCAACUCCAAAACCCACUGGAACAAGACAAUCCAUGGUUUGAUCUAUAACGCUCUAAAACUCUUUAUGGAGAUGAAUCAGAAGUUGUUUGACGACUGCACCCAGCAGUUCAAAGCAGAGAAAAGCAAAGAGAAAAGCAAAUGGAAGGAGAGAGAAGAUGCUUGGCUGAAGAUAGAGAAUCUUGCGAAGUCAAACCCACAGUUUUUGGUGUACAUUGACCCUCCAGGAUCAGGCGGUCCGAUGGACAUGGAGACAGAUGUGCCGCUGAUAGAAGAUGUCAGCGUUUUAAAGAAAACAGUAGAGGAGGGAGCCACACAGAUCCUGAAAGAGCAACGCAGAGAACGCCCUUUAGUGAGGAGGAAAUCGGAGCUUCCUAAAGACAUCUCCACUGUCACAGCGUUGGAGUUACACCGAAGAGCAGAGGAAAUGUUGACGACGCACGAUGCCCACUAAGAGACCAUCCUUGAAAUAUUUUUUUUUUAAAACACAGCAGGAGCAGCAGCAUCCACAUAGGAACCACGGGCCCACGGAGGGCCAGCACAGCAACAGAACUCUGGUAUCUCAGUGCAGCAGAGUGCAGAACAGAACAGGCUGAAAAUGUCUCAAGUAAGCUUUUAAAGGACAGGCGGUGCUCGCCCUCCCUCACUUCCAAAACUCCUCCUCCUCCUGGUCGCAGAGACGGCUGCAGAGCUGGACGCUCCAGCAUGGCCACAGAGUCCUGAUCUUUACAUUUCUUCUCCCUAAACAAGCGUGCAUCUCCCCCUAGUAUCUCCUCAGCUUGUGUUUUUGGGGUACUGUGCUGCCCUCUUCUGGUCAUUCUUCUCAGGUGUUCUGUUUGGUGUGUGAGCUGUCUGGUCUUCUUGCCUCUUAUCUAUAGAUGUCAGGUGUUUGUUAAAAUAAUAUGAGCCCUACAUUAGGUGGAAGAAUAAAAAAACACAUAAUUUAGGUGAAUCAAGUCAGCAGUUUGUACACAUGUAUAUUUAAUAUUAGCUAUUUUUCUCAUAUAAUAUUUGAACAAAACAACUGUUUAUAUUUUUCCUUACAUAUUCUGAGGAGCUUGUCUCUAUUUAGGAAAAAGGAAAUACUACUUUAAUAUGUAAUCAUUUUGUUGGUUGCUAUGAUGUUUUUCAAUCUAUUGAUCAUUCGCUACAGAGACAGGCCCACCUGAGACCCACCAGUGGGGUUCAAUCAAUACACCACAGUUGAAUUUAUCCAGGUUUUUCCUCCUACACACCUUUGUGAAGAAGUCUAUUCUGGUGCCAGCUUCUUUCAUUCUCCACUUUUACUGAAAAAUGUUAGCUGAGUAGACAAUAAGUUAGCACAACAGCUAAACCGGGUCUGCUGCGUAACUUUACAUGAGAGGAGGGAUUUAUUUUAAGUUGUCCAUUUGCACCCCAUUCAGAAGAUGUCAUAGUCAUCCAGGUGAGGCUUUUAUGAGAGGUUGAAGGGAUGACGUUAAUGAGGGAUUGACACAUUUAGUAAAGCAGAAACUUUGCAGAUUGGGUUGAUUUUGCUACAAAACUCUUGCUAGAAGUUGAAGAGGUAUGUUUAGCUUCAAGCCUUUCUUUUCACAGUGCCUUUUGUCAUCGAAGGGGAUAUUUGCUGCAGAUUAAGUAUUAACAUGUAACUGAAAUGUCAGCUUAUUGGAGAAUUUGUACCAUUAGUUUCUAAAGGAAAAUUAGAUGUGUUCCAGUGGAGCAUGUCAAGCUGCUUGGACUCCAGCACCUGCCUUGUCGAAGCUGUUUAGUCAACUAUGGGGCAGUGCGGCCUCCCCCAAGCAAGCCACUUCAGCGAAUGAAGCACUUCCUGAUAAAACUUGAAAGAAAAUGGAAAUACAACUUAAAAAAAAAAGAAAGAAAAAAAGUAGUGCAGAGUUUAAAUCCGUAAUGCUGUCUGUCUUAGCGUGAAGGGGCCACCUGCUCCGCAGUGCCUGUCAUGAAGAGCUCGCCUCCCAUUUCAACCCUCCCUUAACCGUCCCAUUCCACCUUUGAGUUGUUUGCACCCUGUCCGCUCAGACCUGCGCUCCCCUUCCUCAGUGAUACAGCAAAAUAUAAAAAAUAGAAAGAUCUUUUUCUGGAUGCUCACGAGUUCAUUUUGUUGUGGUUUUACUCCUCCUUUGCCUGCAGAACCCUGUUGUUAGUGUUUCAACUGAAUGUGCAAAUUGUAAAUUAUACUGAAAGUCACACUGUUCUGUUCUCUCCAUGUUUGUCCUGCAGAAGAACAGUCACCAAAGGUUUGCACCAACAGCUCUCCAGGACCUUUACUCUGACUCUUGCAUUUUAUUUAACGUGUGCAGAAUGAUGGGUCUCAUCAUGGUUCUGCAGCACUGCGUUGGUGCCCUGUUGGUCACUUUUGUUCUUAAAAUGGCUUUAAUACUGGCUUCUUUGGAGCUCCUUUUAUUUUACAUAAGCUUUUUUUUGUCUUCUUGAAAAGAUUUUUUAUUGCAAGUGUCGUUUAGUAUUUGUAAUACUAAAUGACUUCAUUGUACAUAAAAUGUACUUUUAUGUUAUAUCUAUUAUUAAAUGGUAGAUUUCAUAUUUUGUACAAACUACCCUGUGUACAGGAUUCAGAGAUUCUUAGCAACUGCAGACGGUUGGUAUGUGGCACAAAGUUCAUGACGUUUAAGUAUUUACACUUAAUUUAAAUCCUAGUUAUUUUCUAAGUUUUUUUUUCCCCCUAAUCUUUGUAACCCGACAUCUUUUCCGUUUUGAUUUUUCCACAUCCAGACAUGUUUUGCCCUUUACAUUAAUGAGAUUUUGUGCUUGCUUUUAUCAAGACCUGCAGUGGUGUACGUCUAUCUAUAUACAGCAAAUAAAGAGAACAUGUUUUAUAUUUUCAUCCUAAAAA